UUCUCUACGGACCCGUUACAGGAGCGCACACCUCAGAGGACGAACAGCGACGCCUUGCUGACGACGAGUCCGAGUUAAACUGUCAAAUAAGUCACGUAAAGAUUUAUUUAACUUAAUACAUGAGUAUAACGUCUGUAUAAAGCGAUGAGUUCAGAUGCAGUGAUCCUAUUAGAAACCAUAAACUUCGCUGCAGAGAAGCAUCGAAACCAACGUCGGAAAGACCCAGAGGCAACUCCAUACAUCAACCACCCCAUAGGGGUGGCAAGGAUCUUGAGUCAUGAGGGUGGAAUUACAGAUAUUGAGGUUUUACAGGCAGCGUUGCUUCACGACACUGUAGAAGACACAGACACAACUGUUGAAGAGUUAGAGGCUGUGUUUGGAAGCACUGUAUCCAGGAUUGUUCAGGAAGUGACAGAUGACAAAACACUGCCUAAACAAGAAAGAAAACGCCUGCAAGUGGAGCACGCGCCUCACUGCAGCCACCAGGCCAAACUGGUCAAACUGGCUGACAAGUUGUAUAAUUUACGAGACCUUAAUCGCUGCACGCCCGCAGGUUGGUCUGCAGAACGUGUUCAGGAAUACUUUAUAUGGGCAGCCCAAGUAGUAAAAGGACUUCGUGGAACCAACUCUGCACUUGAGGAAAAGCUACAGCUGCUCUUCAGUGAGAGAGGCGUGGAGAUGUAAUGCUAAUAAAGGACUACCUCACAUAGUGCCGUCUUAGACUGCUGUAACCAGUCGUGGAUUGGUUUCUCAUUAUGAAAAAAAUGUUCUCUGUUUUCCUUCUUCCCAAAAUAUUUAUGUGUCAGACUAAGCACUUUCAUCGACUGUACUGUUCUGAUUAAUAAAGAUGACAUAUGAUUGA